AUGAUAGCAAUCAAGAAGGGGCCCACCCCAGCUGUUGGAUACACGGGACACAUCCCUUCUCUGCGGAACGCAGAUGUUCCUCCCGGCAAGUCCUUCUCCUGGCUAGCAGAUCAGCGAGACCGUCUGGUGAAGGAGGGCACGGGCACAUGGUCAGGAGCACCUUCGAAGAAUCAGAGCAGCUGGAUGACAAACUAUAGCGCCUUCCACAAUGUCUACACUUAUCCGGAUUCACACUUCAAAAGCAACGGCAUGCAGCGAUCUCCUUCUUUCAAGUACUUUGUCGGAGCGAACACAAAGUUGACCGACGAAAUGAAGGCGAUAGGAGAACCGACUCCCCCGCCGGUUUUGAGCUCAGCUGUCCAGCCGGAUGUCAAGAAGCUCGACCUUUCGCGCGUUACACGAGGAGAGAACUUGAGCGGCUCCUCUCGCCCAGGAACUAGUCCAGCUCGCUCUGGGAAACAGCUCUUUAUGGGCUGGACGGGGCGAGCCGGGGCCAUGGCGGGCUGGACGGGACAUUUGCCGCAGAAGCAGAGCAACACGUACAACGUCGGGCUCACUCACGCUGCUGCAUAUGAGAACGUGCAAGCCCGCAAAGAUCCUCAAGACUUUCAUGUUCGCUCGGGAACGCCCAUCGCAGGCCUCUCGGCGUUUGUCCCUCGAGCGAAAGACUUGUCCCCUGGCUUGUCGCACCGUCAGGUCUGCAGGAGCGCCAGGAGUUAUCAGGGAGAAGACCCGAGAUAUGCACCCGAGAAAAGUUUCACCGCAAGAUUCGGCCAGAGUGACCGAGUUCGUCCUGAGACGGCGAGGACUGCGAGGCCGUCUGAUAGCGAUUUCAACGCGCGCAAGGUGAUCGUAGGGUCUAAGGUCGUCACAGUCAACGCGAAGACAGGGGAGGCGAAGACGGGCGGCUUCAACAUCAACUCGUUCGCCAACGAGUCGGCGGGAGGGAGGAGCAAGAACCCGAUACCGAAGAUGAAGAUCAACUCAGACGGACUCGUCCAGCUGAAUCCCAACGCCAAGGCCAACCUCUACAUCGACUACUUCGCGAUCCUCCGGGCAGCCUCAGACGGCUCGAUCGGCCACAUCAGGAGUCCAUCAUGUAGCAGGUCCCUGUGCUGA